GAAGCCAGACAUGGCGGAGGCGGGAAAAAAGGGGGCAGGCCUCGGGCUUCCCCAUGGAGACGCAGCACAGUGGCCACUGCAGCGGUACGGCCGUUUCGUACUCUUGGGUGCGGGAGAGCCUCCUGCGCCUGGGCUGGACGCUGGGAUGGCCUCUUCCCCUACAUGGAAGGUUUUUGACUCCAGUGAAGAAUCUGGGUAUCUCAUUCUCACCAUAGUUAUAUCAGGUCAUUUCUUCAUUUCCCAAGGACAAACACUUCUGGAAGGAUUUUCACUCAUUGGUAGCAAGAACUGGUUGAAGAUUGUAAGACGCAUGGAUUGUCUGUUGUUUGGAACAACAAUAAAGGACAAGAGUCGCAUGUUCAGGGUGCAGUUUGGCGGCGAGUCCAAGCAGCAGGCACUAGAGCGCUGUGACAGCUGUGUGCGGAGCCUGGCCCAGUACGUGACCAUUCAGACCCCUGAGGGAAGCAGCCCGGGACCUCGACUGUGCCAGGGCCCACUGCCAGCAGCGGACAGCCGCAUGGAGGGCUGUGUGCGAAGCGUCCCGCUGCUGCUGCCGCCGCCCGGGUCACACCAGGAGCUGGGGCAGCAGCGGUGCGUGCCAGCUGUCACAGGCACUGCUGGAGGAAGGACCUCGGUGACCCAGUUAGCUCAGUCUCUCCUGGCAUCAGAGGAGCUGCCCCUUGUCUAUGAACAAUCUGCGUGGAAUUCAGAAGAGUUAGGCCCCUUUCUCCGCCUCUGCCUCCUGGAUCAGAGCUUCCCAGCAUUUGUGGAACAGGUGGAAAAGGAACUAAUAAAGCUGACAGGGUUCAGAAAUUAACACUCUAUGUACAUAGAGAACUAAGGAACUUGAAAGCAUUGAAAAAUGCCUCCUCCUUAAGAUUAAAGAUACUAAAAUAAAGAAUAUUAUUCCAAACACCUUUUAUUAAUGUUUUAUUUUUAGAAACAGGUGAAUCCACUUUUUUAUACAUCAUUGCACAUCAACAAUUACACAAAACACAAGUACAUGCAUCUACAGUUACAUACUGAGAACCCUGACAGGUGAGAAAACCAUUAAAUCAAUGUGAAAAAAUACAGUGUCAACCCCAAAGUAUAACUAGUUGCAUAGAAUACCAUGCUAGAACAUUUCAAGGUCAUUGGAAACUAAAGGUAAAUUAUAAAAGUUUGCCUUAAUUGAAUGUAUAAGGUUUAGCACAUCAGUGCAAAAGGAUGUAAGAAUUUAUCAACAAAGAAUCACUUAAAAAGCAAUCAUACAUAUAUAUAUAUAUUUUUGUGUGUAUAUAUAUAUAUAUAUACUGCAAUUCAUUAUAGCCAUUCAGUGGACUAUUCCAGCUUAUGAGAGUCAUAGGUUAAGCCCUUAAAAUUAUAGAUAUCAGUUUAUAUUACUCAUCUUUUUGUA